UGAUUCGGCCGUUCAUUCCAAUUCUUCAGUCUCCAGCUCCACUCCCACAUUUGUGGAGUACAGAGUACAGAGCCCGCAAAAAUCAUGAAUUUCUCUAGUACCCAAACUCUCCAUUCGCGGUUCCUCUUCGUAGAAGCCCCUAAAUUCCAUUCUUUUCUCCCUCAAUCCCAUUUCUUACCACUUCUCCUGAACGCUUCCCCUGUUCCUCUGUUAUCCACUACCCAGACGCCCAAUAGCUGGAAAAGUUGUCGUCGAUGGCGUCAUCAUCGUCGAGUUAUGGAACCGGAGACUUCAGUAGGGAGUACACGGGAUGCACCUGCAGUUUUGUCUGUAGAAGAGGAAGAACAAAGAGCAGAAGAAAUAGUAGCAGUAGAGUCUGAUCAAAGAGAGGAAUUUUCAGCUGAUGAGAACCUUUGGAAUCAGAUGGUGGAGGUUGUGAAUUUCUCUGGUCCGGCUGUUGGGUUAUGGCUCUGUGGGCCGUUGAUGAGUCUCAUUGACACCGCCAUUAUUGGUCAAGGGAGCUCCGUUGAGCUUGCAGCUUUAGGUCCAGGAACUGUGUUCAUUGACAAUACUAGUUAUGUGUUCAUGUUCCUUUCAAUUGCUACGUCCAAUUUGGUUGCUACCUCACUUGCCAGGCAGGAUAAAGAUGAAGUGCAGCAUCAGAUAUCUAAUUUGCUUUUCAUUGGGUUGGGUUGUGGUGUUUUUAUGCUUGUCUUUACAAGAUUAUUUGGUCCCUGGGUGCUAACUGCUUUUAUAGGGGCAAAAAAUACAGAUAUUAUAGCUGCAUCAAACACUUAUGUUCAGAUUCGAGGCUUAGCCUGGCCAGCAAUACUAAUUGGAUGGAUUGCUCAGAGCUCAAGCCUAGGCAUGAAAGACUCCUGGGGACCUUUAAAUGCUCUGGCUGUUGCCAGUGUUAUUAACGUCAUUGGUGAUAUAGUUUUAUGCAGAGGCUUAGAUUAUGGUAUUGCUGGGGCGGCUUGGGCAACAAUGGUUUCACAAGUUGCUGCUGCUUAUAUGAUGAUUAGAUCUCUGAAUGCCAAGGGAUAUAAUGGAUUUUCCAUGUCCAUUCCGUCUCCUAAUGAACUUGUGCAGAUAAUUAUGCUUGCAGCCCCAGUUUUUUUAACACUCAUAUCAAAGGUGGCAUUUUACUCCCUCCUCGUUUAUUUUGCCACAUCAAUGGGCACGCAUACAGUUGCCGCUCACCAGGUCAUGAUACAACUGUACUGUAUGUGCAUAGUAUGGGGAGAACCUCUUUCUCAAACGGCACAGUCAUUUAUGCCUGAGUUGAUAUAUGGAGCUAAUCAAAGUAGACCUAAGGCACGAACACUCUUGAAGUCACUGGUGCUAAUAGGAGCUUUAAGUGGACUAAUACUUGGAUUUAUUGGGACAUCAGUUCCCUGGUGGUUCCCCAAGAUUUUUUCACACGAUCCUCUUGUCAUAAAGGAGAUGCAUAAAGUGCUGUUUCCAUUCUUUCUUGCACUAUCUGUGAAUGCAAGUAUGCAAAGCCUUGAAGGAACUUUGCUGGCUGUACGGGAUUUGAAAUUUAUUAGUUCAUCAAUGAGCAUACUUUUCUCUUUGGGUGCUCUUCUUUUGCUGCUGUUGAGCAGCAGAGGAUGUGGUUUGCGUGGGUGCUGGUUUGCUCUUGUUGCAUUUCAAUGGUCUUUAUUUUCUGUUGCUCUAUGGCGUCUUACCUUGCCAAAUGGGAUACUUUACGUGGAAGACUUGCAUUCUAAUCAGAUGGAUAAGCUGAAAGUAGCAUAAUUUUGGAGCAUAUAAGAAUGGUUAUAGAUAGCUUUUAAACUUUUGGUGCCCUAGGAACAGCUGCAUAUACGAGAAUACCAAGAUUAAGGCUUCAUAAUUACACAUGAAUGAAAAACAGUAAAUACAGGUGUUGCGAGUCCUACAAAACUUCAUUGAACGCCAAAAGAUCUGCUUUAGCAAAGUUGUAUAACUUGUUUCACAGGCAUUGUAGUUUACAGGGUAUUUUGUUUUACCUUUUUCUUUUUCUUUCAUCAAAUUUGAGUAUAAUAAAUUGUUGUACUUAAAGUCCAAGGAUAUUACAAUGUAAAUGACAAUUUUGCUUUUACUGUACUGUGAUGUAACUUGAACCUUUUUAAUA